CUCACGUUCGUUUUUUUCUUUUCUUUUUCCCGUUCUUUCUUUCUUUCACUCCUUUUUUUUUUUAAAAAAAAAAGAACAAGCUACAUUCAUGCUCUUACUCAAGUGCUUCGUUCCACGCGCUUCUUUUCCUUUAUUACGAUACCCUUUACAAGAUGCUGGUCAUCGAUUCUUCUCCAUGACACGAACUCCUGAUCUAGAAGUGGACAAUGUUGUGAUAGGUGGUGGUGUCGUUGGUUUGGCCAUCGCGGAAAUGCUUACUAGGAAUAGACCUCAAGAAACAACUAUUCUGGUAGAAAAAAACAAGAGACUAGGCGAAGAAACUAGUUCACGUAAUAGUGAAGUGAUUCAUGCUGGUAUAUAUUAUCCCAAGGAUAGCUUGAAAACUCAACUGUGUAUCCAAGGCAAUCGACAACUUUAUGCUUUACUUGAAAAGACAACGAUUCCAUAUAACAAGAUUGGCAAAUGGGUAGUGGCACAAUCACCUGAACAACACGAGUAUUUACAACAACUAUCAGCCAAGGCGACUUCACUGGGAGUAGAAACUUAUUUUAUUGAUGGAGAAAAGGCAAUGUCAAUGGAACCUGAACUUAAGGCAUAUUCAGUCCUGGUAUCACCAACUACUGGUAUUCUUGAUUCUCAUUCGUUUAUGGAUUAUCUUGAACAAAAAAUCAUAGAUCAAGGUGGCGACAUUGCACUCAACACAUGUAUUCAACAUAUACGACGUGGUGAUAACGGUGGAUAUUACUUGAAAGUAGAGGAUGAAAGCAACAACAAGAUAACAGUAUGGGCACAACAGCGGGUAUUCAAUGCAGCAGGACUUCAUGCACAUCAUCUUAGCAAUGACUUGAUGCCAAACAAGUACAAGCUUUAUUAUGCACGAGGACAUUAUUACGCUUACAAUGCACCUAGCUCCAUUCGACAUUUGAUUUAUCCUUGUCCUGAAAAGAAUUUGGCUGGUUUAGGAACUCAUUUGACCUUGGAUAUGGCUAACAAAAUCAAAUUUGGUCCUGAUGUUCAGUAUGUUGACAAUCCUUUUGAUUAUUCUUUACCUUUAGAGAAUGAUCAUAAGAUGGCUUUUGUUCGUGCUAUUCAAUCUUAUUUACCUAAUGUGAACCCUGACAAGUUACAACCUGAUUACGCUGGUAUAAGACCUAAACUUGCUGGCCCGGGAGAACCUUUUCAAGACUUUAUUAUCAAGGAAGAAAAAGAGGAUGGAUUUGAUGGAUUUUACUCUUUAAUUGGUAUUGAAAGUCCUGGUCUUACUUCUUCUCUUGCCAUUGCUAAUUAUAUUCAUCAACUGAUGGAAAAUUAGAUUUUUUUUUUGAUAAUUGUGAAUAAACUAUUGUUUUUAUUUGAUGUCUGUGA